CUUAUAUAGACUCCAUCGCCAUAUCUAUUCCUUAGAACUAUAUGUAUUCCAUGGGUUCGGGAUUUAUCGCUUUGUCUGUAUGAGAACGACGUAGCAUGUUGGUUACCAGCCUUGGACACGACCUUAAAGACCCCUCUCCCCCCUACCCCCUUACUAUAUCCUACACACAGGAAUAUCCGGCAUCUGUAUUUAAUACUCCGUCGUCUCCGGAACAUCCUAUCCUACACCUGCUGCACCAGUAUCAACUACUCCCAAGUUGAUAAAGACAAAACAUGUCGGACAGCACAUCGAACGGGACGACGCCAUACGGGCGCCGUCUGAUCCCAACUGUUAUUGAUGAGGUUGCUGAGAGGUCACCUGAUAAACCGUGCUUUUCAAUCUUCAAAACCUCCAAACCGAAGGACGGUGUACAACAUAUAACGUUCAAAAGAUAUGCCAAUGCCAUCAACCGCGUGGCGCACUGGAUCGUGGAAACAUGUGGGCGCCCACCGGUUGGUACGGUUCCGACGAUAGCAUAUAUCGGUCCCAAUGAUGCUCGUUACGUUGUUAUGAUUAUUGCCGCAAGUAAAGCAGGAUACGCGGCCAUGUUUGUUUCUCCUCGCAACCCAGACGAGGCCCAGCUGAACCUCUUCAACAAGACGGACUGCAAAACUAUCUUUUUCCCACCCUCACACCGAGGCGUUGUACAACCAUGGCUAGAACGAUGGCCCAUGAAGGCGCUGGAAGUCGCAUCGUUAGAAGACUGGUUCUCAACGGAAGAGGCCCCGCAUUUCCCUUAUACUAGGACGUUCGAGGAGGCAGAAUGGGAGGCCUUUGUAGUGUUGCACACGAGCGGAAGCACCGGGUUCCCAAAGCCCAUCCCCAUGAGACAUGGCUUAAUGGGAAUAUGUGAUAGUUAUCAUGAUGUGCCAGAAUGGAAGGGGCGUCCACUCUACUUUAAAGAUAUGUGUGAAGAACCAAAAUGUUGCUUCAUGCCUUUCCCACUAUUCCACGCAGGAGGAAUUUAUCUCUUCCUGAUGAGAAGUGUUUUCUUUGAAACGCCUGUUGCUCUCGGGGUAGUUGAUCGCCCAUUGUCUGCCGAUGUAGUCAUUGAGUGCCUCGAGAAUCUGGACGUUUCUGGCGCGCUAUUGCCGCCCUCGAUUUUGGAAGAUGCAAGCCAUAAUCCCCGCGCUGUUGAGCUUAUAGCGCAACUGAAACUGGUAUCAUACGGAGGCGGCCCCUUAAGCAAAGAAGCUGGGAAAAGACUCCGAGAUGCUGGAGUAGUAUUGAGCACCAUAAUUGGAUCUACAGAACUAUGCGGUGUCCCUUGCUACCGGCAACCUAACUAUGACCUCUAUGAAUAUUUCAUUAUCAACUCAGAGUUCCUAAACAUCGACUGGCGAAAAUCAGACGUCGAAGAGAACGCAUACCAAAUGGUUAUUGUCCGCAGAGGCAAAAAUCCAGGAAUACAGGGCUGCUUCUAUUCAUACCCAGACCUUCAGGAGUUUGACACUGGCGAUCUCUACCUACCGCAUCCUACUCUUGCCGACCAUUGGAAAUUCUAUGGACGGUCUGAUAACAUCCUUGUUUUCUCUAACGGCGAAAAGCUCAACCCGGGUACUAUCGAAGCACAAGUUACGCUGCAUCCCUUAGUCAAGGGUGCGCUGGUGGUUGGCACUGGCCGCUUCCAGGCCGUGCUGCUCCUAGAACUUUUCGAACACCCCAAAGACGAUAACGAGGCAAAGGAAAUCAUUGACAAAAUCUGGCCUACCGUGGAGGAGGUCAAUAAGCAUACCGUAACUCACGGACAAAUCGAUCGUCGGUUCAUUUUACUCUCCAAGCCAGAAAAGCCUUUCCCUCGUGGCGGUAAGGGCAACGUGCAGAGACCUACAACGAUAAAGCUAUACCAGGACGAAAUCGACGAGAUCUACAAGACAGCCGGCGAAAUCGACGAAAGCGCAGUCCCCAUGGACACAAGCUCGGAGGCAGCGUUGAUGGAUUCGAUUCAAAAGACGUUCGAAACCCGACUUGAAUUCAGAGGGCAACAUCUCGAUCCGGAUACGGAUUUCUUCUCUAUGGGCAUCGACUCAUUGCAGGUCAUGAACUCAUCCCGCCUCCUCAGGGUAGGCCUGAAGGCUGCUGGCCACCAGAUCGACGUUCCUACGCGUGUGAUAUACACCCAUCCUUCUCUGCGUCGCCUGACAGCCUAUAUCUAUGCGAAGCUCGGAGAGGCUGAUAAAUCUACAUAUCAGAACGGCGUCCUCAAUAUGGAGUCCCUGUGGAAGAAGUAUACAACCGAUCUCCCCCAGUCUAAAGAGGGGCGUGAGGAUCCGCUAGAUGACAACCAGACGAUACUGUUGACUGGAUCGACGGGUAACCUGGGAUCUUACCUGCUAGACUCCUUGAUUAAUAAUCCCGCGGUCAAGAAGGUCGUCUGUCUUAACAGGACAGAGGAUGGCGGCGUUGUGCGCCAGAAGAAAGCGAUGCGAGAACGUGGUCUAAGCGACCCCUCAGACGAAUCCAAGGUGGAAUUUCUACGUGUGGAUAUGUCUGAGCCAGACUUUGGGUUGGGUGAAGAGACUUAUAACCAGCUCCUCAAAGAUGCAGACCGAAUUAUCCAUAACGCGUGGCCAGUAAACUUCAACAUGCCGCUGGAGUCUUUCGAGCCCUACAUAAAGGGAGUACGCAACAUCGCCAACUUUGCUACCGAAGCUACGAAGCGAGUCGCCGUUAUAUUCAUCUCGUCUAUUGGCGCAGCCGAUGUUUGGGACAGUAAGAAUGGUCCAGUGCCUGAACAACGAAUCGAGCAAGAGGAUAUCUGCAGUCUCGGAUACGGCAGAAGCAAGGCGGUCAGCAGUCUGAUCCUCGAAGAUGCUGCAAAAGCCGGCGACUUCCCCUACGCCAUCAUUCGCGUUGGCCAGAUCGCUGGCCCCGAGGCCGACGUGGGAGCCUGGAACAGACAUGAAAUGGUACCCUCUGUCUUCGCCAGCAGCCUGUGCCUCAAGGCACUGCCUAAGGAUUUCGCGAGUUCGUACCGGAUAGACUGGAUUCCAGUCGAGAAGAUGGCAAGCCUGAUGCUCGAAAUCGCCGGCAUAUCCCAGAAGGUAGCAGCCAGCGAAAUAAACGGCUAUUACCACGCCGUGAACCCUAAUCCCGUGGAGUGGUCAGAGGUAGCCCAGGCCGUCCAGGAGUUCUACGGAAAGGAGCGUAUCCCCGAGCUAGUCAGCUUCCAGGAAUGGGUUGCGAAGCUCGAGGACAGCGUUCAGCGAAAGGUGUUUGACAAGAACCCCGGCGCGAAGCUGCUCGAUAUGUACCGAGAUUUAUCCACCGCAACACACGAAGCUCCCUUGUUCGAAGUGACGAGGGCUCUGAAGCGAAGCCCGACACUCCGAGAUAUGACGGCGGUUACGCCGGAGUUGAUCCAGCUCUGGUGCAGACAAUGGAGAUUCUAGGAAAGGGAGGAUAGAGAUGUAGGUACGCUUUUACUUGUAUGACUAAGGUGGAUAGAGCUUUGAAAGCUCUCCGGUAUGAUGUAGAUAGCAGUUCGAGUGCAUUAAGGAGUAUUUGGAUAUAGCUAUAAUAAUUUCUUAUUGACUACCUAAGUAACUACAAAGAGUCUUACUCUAAUAAGUCUCCUUGUUACCCAUCAUACCUACAUAACACCCAUGUGUUUGCGGCUCGAAUAUCCUAAUAAU